CAAGGAUUUCUGAAAGCCACACACAAAAAAUAUUAAUUCUGGUGUAGUUGUUUGAGGCGAGUUCGAAGCGUGGUGCGGGUGGUGACGUCACAGAGACAACAAACAGUUGACAAGUGACCAUGGACGAGAUCAUAGCAGACCAUGAUUGGAAGAUGGGUCCAUAGAGUUCCAUAUCGGUGGUGCAGAUACCUGGUUUGGAUCAUACAAGCUCUCGAUUCUUACCUUUAUAUUAUUAUUGGGCGACUUCAUAAAUUCUCUAAGAUGAUAGCGUGUAUGACGUACGAAGGGGCAAUGAGUGAACCAGAAGACUUCCCUAAGUCAGAAGAACCUGUAUGGAUCUUAGGAAAAGAGUACUCAACACAGACAGACUUGGAACCUCUUCGUAAUGAUGUACAUUCGAGGAUAUGGCUAACGUAUCGGAGAAACUUUGCUCAGAUUAGUGAUACAACUUACACAUCUGACAAAGGCUGGGGAUGUAUGUUGCGUUGCGGACAGAUGGUAUUAGCUGAAGCUCUUCUCCGAAGACAUUUAGGCAGAGACUGGAUUUGGACUCCUCCAACAUCCAAUGAAACAUACUUAAGGAUCAUGAGCAUGUUUGAGGAUCACAAGUGUGCUACCUUCUCACUGCACAUCAUAUCACAACUAGGAGUGGAUGAGGGCAAGCCAAUAGGAGAGUGGUAUGGACCAAAUACAGUUGCUCAGGUUAUGAGGAAAUUGACACCAUUUGAUGAAUGGAACAACUUUAGUGUUAAUGUUGCAAUGGACAAUGUAGUAAUUAUGGAUGAAAUAAGGUGCAGUUGCCAAAUUGAAGGAGAUCGAAUAUGGCGGCCACUACUACUAUUUAUUCCUCUGCGUUUGGGACUUUCUGAAAUGAAUCCUAUCUAUUUCUCAGGCCUUAAGAAAUGUUUCAAGAUGCCACAAUCCUUGGGACUCAUAGGUGGAAAGCCUAACCAUGCAUCAUAUUUUAUUGGUUUUAUGGGUGAUGAGUUGGUGUUCCUUGAUCCCCACACAACACAGGAGGCUGGAAGUACAGGGAAAAAAAGGACUGAAGAAGAAGUUGAGUUAGAUAAGUCGUACCACUGCCCUUAUGCUCAGCGUAUGCCCUUUGAACACUUGGACCCUUCUCUUGCUUUGUGCUUUUACUGUGGUUCAGAGAAAGAAUUUGAUGAUUUAUGCAAUCGAAUGAGGCAAGAGCUCAUAGAUGCUGAGAAGACGCCACUCUUUGAAUUGGUCCCCACCAGACCUGACUACAUGAAGGAUGACUCGUCUUUUGAGGGAGCUUCUGGAAUUAAUGUGGAGUUUGAAGAUCACCAGUUUGAUUCUGAUGACGAAGAAUUUGAAGUUCUGCAGUGAACCCAUUAAGGAAUAGAGUAAUGGAAUCAUGUUAUUAGACUAUAUUUGAUAUGUGGCUGUCUUUACCUACCAUAAUUAAUCAUUGUUAUUACUCUGAAAACCUAUGUAACUCAGUUUUGUGAAAUGUAUUUAUUUGUGGAAUAUGUUCAAUUGAUAAUAUUGCACUCGCUUAUCUACAUUGAUGUAUUUUGAUGUUGCAUCAUAAAUUACAAAUAUAUUUUUCAUUGAUAUAUUGGAAUGUAAGCUAAGAAACAUUUGUCAGACUUGUAAAUACACUGCAAGAGACUUUUUUCAUUUUUUGUGCUGGCAUUUGUUGCAUUUGGGUGUCAUCCUUCUAGGAGAGAGAUGGUUUUUUUUUGUUUACAACCCAGUUUCGAUUUUAUGUAUGAAUUAUAUUUAUUACAUACAAUACAGAUUGGCACAUUAUAGCUAAAUUGUUUGCACACGUUGCUGCAAAUUCAUGAAAAAUGUAUCCUAUCUUUUCUUUAAAUGUACUGUAAUUUCUAUAUCAAAUCUAUUGUUAGUUUGGCCUUACACGUGUUUAAAACACGAAAAGUAGUGUUUUAAGGGAUUAAAGUUAUAAACUUUCAGAAACAGGAUCAUACACAAAACCAAUUUUGUGUAUGAUCCACAAAUUUGUGUAUAUUGUCAGUCACAUGCCCAAUAUAUAGCUUUUUCAUUCAUGCUAGUGUGAAUCAGUCAAAUCCUCCCAAGUAUUACUGUGCUUAACCAUUGGUAGCCUGUAUUGUACCUGGACAUAUUCAAGGCUUGUUACAGUGUGAGGUCAAAUUCCAAUUGGAACAUUGAACUUCAUUUUAUUGUAUCAAUAUAUGUGUCAACAUCAUGUGUUCCUUCUCAAUUCCUAGAAAGGGAUUGCUGAUCCAGAAAUUUUAUCAAGUAUUUCUCAAUGUUUCAGACAUAUAUGCUUUAAAACUAAUGCUAGGUAAAAUUUUGUGAAAAUACUCCUCCUUUAAUUUAUAAGACUACAAAACACUUCAGUUAUUAAUCAGCCAUCACACUGAAGUGUUGGAGAACCAGAGAGAAGUGUUGUUGAAGAAACAAGAUGUCAAGUUUUAUAUCAGUCAAACAUAAAUGUUUUAGGAUUGUUAAUUGCUGAAAUGUUGGGAAGAUUCUUAGUAUGGUUAUCCCUCAAGUUCUGUAAAAAAGCAAUGUAAAAUAAAUAACAAAUGCAAUGUGACCUAAAAAAAAAUCUGGCCCUCAAUAUCUCCAGUACAGUACUGUACAGUAUUGCAGAAACUUUACAUACAGUUUAAUGAAAGAAUUUGGAAGAGAGGUCUGAACUGAAACAAACUUAAAAAAAAUUGCAAGGAAUCUGAACACACCUACAUAGUAUUUUUUUAUCAAAAUUUUUAAAUAUUCUAUUUUUCCCUUUCAUAGAAUAGAGUAUAUAAGUAAAUAUAGCACAGUAUUAAUAUAAAA